AUGGCUGAGCUGCUGCACGACAAGUCUAACGUCCCAAUCUCUCACAUACUGAUCACUAGCCGACCUCUUCCCCAGCUUGUCGCUGUCUCGCAAAGUGCUCAUAUCAGGGUAGACGUCUCCUCCGUUUCAAUUGAUGGUUUUGACGCCACGAAUGACAUCAAAACCUACCUCGAACACUCCUUCAAUGCACUUUACCUUUCCAGGCGAAUGGACCUUAUCAUCCGAAGACCCUGGCCGACUGAAGACGUCUUGACUUCCUUAUCACGUCGAGUUCAGGGCCGUUUUAUUGUUGCAGCAACUAUUGUUCGGCUGGUUGCGCUGGCGGAACAUCCGGCCGAUUGUCUCGAUCUCGUUGCGAACUUGUACGACGGACGAGUAAACACCAUAGACAUCGAUCUCCGCAAUAUCGACUCGCUUUACCAUUAUAUCAUCUCUCAAGCUCAUGAUGGCAGUGACCUUGAGCGACGAACCGGAGCUAUGUUGCUGUCAGACAUCAUUGCCUUGGCGAGGCCUUUGUCAGUGAUGGACAUCUGCGCAUUGUUUGGCGUCAAUGUCCUGAGAGGUACUGAGCCUCUCCUAGCCAUUAUAUGCGUACCAGAGGGGGGACCUGUUCAAAUAUAUCAUACCUCUCUCAGGGACUACUUGCGGGACGAGUCUAGGUCUCAGGAGCUCCAUGUCCAUCCUUCAAGUUCGCAUUCACGCUUAGCACAGUCAUGUUUCCGGAAAUUAAGGGGCAUGUUGCGUCCGCGACGGACAGACCGCGACCUUGAGCAACAUAUUCGCGAAGAAACCGAUACAGGCAACUUCCGAUACGCGUUGACUCACUGGUCGUUUCACCUUCGGCACUCUGAUCAAAGCGCCGAAAUUAAAGCUUUCCUUUUUGACUUCUUGAGCAAUUAUGGGGAACUGUUUGUACAGAGAAGCCAGACCAUGGGACGUUCUAUACAUGCUAAGACGUCUCUCAUUGAGGCCAUGUUUGUAGUGGAGAAGAAAUGGGCGCCCUUUGAUCGUCAGGACGAGGUUCUCGCACUGCUGAGACGCUUAUACGAAGGCAGUGAUUGGCUUACCAACGGCAGGCGGGUCGUAGAGUAUGGAAGGCAUGGCCAGUCGAACAGGUCACAGCGACGUAUUCUUUGGUAUCAACAGGGUGACCUUAUAAGACGCUCUACUAGCUCGAACACGGGGUGGACUCUCCCUCCUAGUCCAGAGCCAUAA